AAUGUGAGGCCGAUGGGAAGGAGGCGAAAGCGGAGCUGACGGCGCAACGCAAUAUGUUCCCUAGCGCUCAAAUUAAAAUGAGAUUGCUGUCGCCAAGCAGUUCGCCGGCCACCUCGCCCACGAUGUCGAACUCCUCGUCGCCAACACCACCGACGCCGGCGGCCCCGGCUUACAACCAGAAGAUGACCGGUAUUCCUUGCGUAGCGGCCGCUUCGAGGUAUACCGCACCAGUUCACAUCGACGUCGGCGGCACGAUAUAUACAUCCUCCCUCGAGACCUUAACGAAAUAUCCGGAAUCCAGACUAGCGAAAUUGUUUAACGGGAGCAUCCCCAUUGUUCUGGACUCGCUAAAACAGCACUAUUUCAUCGAUAGAGACGGCGGCAUGUUUCGGCACAUACUGAAUUUUAUGCGAAAUUCCCGGCUGCUGAUACCCGACAACUUCGCCGACCUAGAUUUACUGCUAGAGGAAGCACGAUACUUCGAUAUUGCGCCCAUGUGUAGGCAACUGGAGCAGAUGAAGAAGGAGCGCAUAAAAAACGGUUCGACAACGACAAUGACCACGAGCUCGCCGAGUCCCCCGCCCACCGGUCAGCUCGGCGGUCGCGGCACCGCCUGCACCACCGCACCCUGCAACCGUGAUCCUGAAAAAAUACGCGGCAACGACGGCAAUUGCAGCUACGAAUGCGUGGCGUUACACGUAAGCCCGGAUCUGGGCGAACGAGUGAUGCUGUCGGGCGGACGUGCGCUCCUGGAUGAGGUGUUUCCGGAAACGACGCAGGCGGUGAUCGAUGCGCGAUCCGGGGUUGCCUGGCACCAGCAGGACGCCCGUCACGUCAUCCGGUUCCCGUUGAACGGCUACUGCAAAUUGAACUCCGUUCAAGCGAUCACGAGACUGCUGAACGCCGGCUUCCGGGUGGUCGCGAGCAAUGGCGGCGGCGUCGAGGGCCAACAAUUCUCGGAGUACCUGUUCGUCAGGCAGGCCGUCAACACUUGACGGAGCACGGCGCAUCAGCGCAAAACGAUCUCCAAGUCGAUCCGUUGCCUGCAACGCGACUACGACUUGGAGUGAGUGCAACUGUCCACAGGAGAACGCCUCAAGACUGCAUCGCGGAUAAUUUGAUUAUUCAGACAGAACAAAACGGAGUAUCUUGGUAUAGGGACAGCUGGCUGGCAAGCGCAAGUCUGAUGCCGAAAUAUUUAUAACGAGUACGAAGAUCUCGUAACGUACGUUAAACGUUCUCGACGUCUCUUGCGUCAGGUAUCUUGAAUCACGUAGAAGUGAAUAAGUGAAUAAGUGCGAAUAAGUUUUGCAAUUGACGUCAAUGUAUGUUUAUCAAACAGCAAUAGUCUGUUUUGUACGUACACAUAAGUUACAAGAGUUAUUUGCAUAUAUAUCUGACGUUAUAAUUUGAAAUGGCUGUUAUUGAAGGUAUUUCAUCGAUCAUUUUAGCAAUAACGAGAUUAUAAAAUCGCUACACAUAUUGCAAAUAAAGUUAAUUACAGACUAUUUUAAAUUUUGUAAUAAUAAAUUUUUAAUAAUCUACAGUAUACAAUUUGAAAAGCCGAUUUUUAGUAACAAAUUUGACGGCAAUUACAAUUAUUGGUAUAGUUCGAAAUAUUCGUCAAAAAAUAUAUAUAUAUUAUGUGUAUAUAUAAUUAUUAUAUUUUUAUACAUGAUAUAGUAA